AUGGCGACUACCGAAACGAUUCUGCAGGGCGUCAAUGUGUUGGGUUCCAUUCAAGAAUCCCAGCGCAAGAUCUUGACCCCCGACGCCCUCGCUUUCCUCGCCCUGCUGCACCGCUCCUUCAAUGCCACUCGCAAGCAGCUGCUUGAGCGCCGCAAGCUCCGUCAGGCCGAGCUUGACCGCGGCGCCCUGCCCGACUUCCUCCCCGAGACCAAGCACAUCAGAGAGAACUCCACAUGGAAGGGCGCCCCUCCGGCUCCCGGUCUGGUCGACCGUAGAGUCGAGAUCACCGGCCCGACCGACCGCAAGAUGGUCGUCAACGCCCUGAACUCAGAUGUCUGGACUUACAUGGCCGAUUUUGAGGACUCCAGCGCGCCCACAUGGGAGAACAUGGUCAACGGCCAGGUCAACCUCUACGACGCCAACCGCCGCCAGGUCGACUUCAAGCAGGGCUCCAAGGAAUACAAGCUGCGCACCGACCGCACCCUUCCCACGCUCAUCGUCCGCCCCCGCGGCUGGCACCUCGAAGAGAAGCACGUCACUGUCGACGGCGAGCCCAUCUCCGGCUCCCUCUUCGACUUUGGCCUCUACUUCUACCACAAUGCCCACCAGACCCAAAAGAUUGGCAUCGGCCCAUACUUCUACCUCCCCAAGAUGGAGUCUCACCUCGAGGCCCGUCUGUGGAACGACGCCUUCAACCUCGCCCAGGACUACGUCGGCGUCCCCCGCGGCACCAUUCGCGGUACCGUCCUCAUCGAGACCAUUCUCGCUGCCUUUGAGAUGGACGAGAUUAUCUACGAGCUGAGAGAUCACUCCUCCGGCCUCAACUGCGGUCGCUGGGAUUACAUCUUCAGCACCAUCAAGAAGUUCAGAAACAACUCCAACUUUGUUCUGCCCGACCGUAGCGCCGUCACUAUGACCGUUCCAUUCAUGGACGCAUACGUUAAGCUCCUCAUCCAGACGUGCCACAAGAGAGGCGUCCACGCCAUGGGUGGCAUGGCGGCUCAGAUCCCCAUCAAGGAUGACAAGGCCGCCAACGACAAGGCCAUGGAGGGUGUGCGCGCCGACAAGCUGCGCGAAGCGCGUGCCGGCCACGAUGGAACUUGGGUUGCUCACCCUGCCCUGGCCGCCAUUGCUUCUGAGAUCUUCAACAAGCACAUGCCCACGCCGAACCAGCUCUUCAUCCGCCGUGAGGAUGUUAAGAUUGGCCAGAACGACCUGCUCAACAUGAACGUCCCCGGCAGCAUCACUGAGGAGGGCAUCAAGAAGAACCUCAACAUCGGCCUCGGUUACAUGGAGGCUUGGAUCCGUGGCGUCGGCUGCGUUCCCAUCAACUACCUCAUGGAGGACGCCGCCACCGCCGAGGUUUCCCGCUCCCAGCUUUGGCAGUGGGUGAAGCACGGCGUCUCGACCGACAAGGGCAAGAAGGUCGAUAAGGCCUACGCCCUCAAGCUCCUCAAGGAGUCCGCCGACGAGCUCGCCAGCAAGGCGCCCAAGGGCAACAAGUACCACCUCGCCGCGCAGUAUUUUGCCGGACAGGUCACAGGCGAGGAUUACGCCGACUUCCUCACCACGUUGCUCUACGACGAGAUCACGGCUGUGGGCAGCGCGCGCCCCGCUUCCAAGUUGUAA